UUACUUUCUCUCUCUUAGAGGCUCCUUUUGACCUUUCUCUCUCUACAAAUAUCUAGCUACCCUCUUUGGACAGGCGGUAUUGGGAAAGAUGGGUUUUAAUGGUGCUGCUACUCUUGCGCUACUCAUACUGUUGGUGAGCAGUAACAGCUUCAACAUGUGUUUUGGGCAGCUGAGCUCCAAUUUCUAUGACUCAUCCUGUCCCAAUGCUCUCUCCACUAUCCGAUCGAAAAUCCGCUCGGCGAUAUCCGCUGAGAGGCGCAUGGGUGCCUCCCUCAUCCGCCUUCACUUCCACGACUGCUUUGUCAAUGGAUGCGAUGGUUCGUUGUUAUUGCCUGAAGAGAAGACAGCACGUGGGAACAAUAACUCCGCGAGAGGGUUCGAAGUGAUCGACGAAGUUAAAUCGGAGGUGGAAAGCAUCUGCCCAGGCGUUGUUUCAUGCGCUGAUAUCCUUGCCGUAGCAGCAAGAGACUCUUCAGAAGCCAUGGGAGGACCAACAUGGACAGUGAAACUAGGCAGAAGGGAUUCAGCCACUGCAAGCGAGACCGACGCCAACGCAAACCUCCCGAGCUUCACAGAUAACCUCGACGAGCUUAUCUCUCUCUUCUCCCGCAAGGGCCUCAAUACUCAGGACCUCGUCGCCCUCUCCGGUUCUCACACCAUAGGCCAAGCCCAGUGCUCCACUUUCAGAGACAGAAUCCACAACGAGGCCAACAUCGAUUCCGGUUUUGCAAGCACCAGACAGAGAGGGUGCCCAACAUCUGGUAGUGACACCAACUUGGCUCCUCUGGACUUAGUCACUCCAACUAGCUUUGAUAACAACUACUUCAAGAACUUGCUUCAAUUGAAGGGCUUGCUCCACUCUGAUCAAGUCUUGUUCAAUAAUGGCUCUACUGAUGGUUUGGUCAGAACUUAUAGCGAGAGUAGGAGCACUUUCUAUUCAGAUUUUGCCUCAGCUAUGGUGAAGAUGGGAGACAUUGGGCCUCUUACUGGUUCUUCAGGGCAGAUAAGGACUAAUUGUGGGGUACCUAACUGAAAUGAUUGAUGCCAAAGUGCCCUAAACAUUUAAAUGGUGUUUGGCUUUUAUGUUGAUCUGAGUGCAAGUGUAGUAUAUGUCAUUAUCGAUUGUUUUGAUCCACGGUGUUAUGAGGGGGGGGGGCAUCAACCAAACCCCCUCGGUUUUGUUUUCUUUUCUAAGUUUUCCCUUGUCUGGAAGUACAAACACCAA